AUGGUAACUCACCAACAACACAAAUCUGCAUUAGAAGCAGAGAUUAUAAGAAGAAUUUCGGCAUUCCAUAAGGAAAUUGAACGAAGAGACCAGUCUAGGGAUGAUGUAAUCCAUUCAGCAUUUCUCUUGUUAUAUUGGCUUGCCAAAGAGGAGGUGGCAAAUAAAAAAUUUGCAGCCCUUCUAGAAAUGAAAGAGCUCCUUGGGCUUUCCAACAUAAAAUUCUUUAACCACAGACCAACAGGUGCUACACGCAAAAUGUUCCUCAUUUUUGGACAGGUAAUUAACAGGUAAUGAGAGAAAACAUUCCACAUGAGAUUGCUAAGCCAACAAACAACAUGAUGACCAAGUCCCCAACAGAGUGGCUUCUUACCAGCAUUUUCUCCUAAAACGCUCCGCAUUGCUGAGGUGUGCUUUUCUUUGCCAGUCAAAAAUGCUUGGCCUGAAAGGGGCGCCUCAGCAAUCAAGCAUAUCAAGACACAGAUGAGAAGCAGAAUCAAAGAUGACAUGCUUGAGGCACUGAUGAAAAUUUCUAAUAACGGUCCAAAUAUAAAAUAAUGAAUGCACCAGUGUUGUGAAGGAGUCAGUCCAACAGUGGUUAAAGGAGAAGCCUAGAAGGAAGCUGGCCAAGAAGACUACAACUGGUUAUCGCAACACCUCUACAGUUUCAAUGAGUGAUGCUGCAGUUGAAGUGGAGAUUUCUAAAACUGAAGAUGAAGAGCCUGAGAAUAUUGAUGACAGCAAAGUAGUUUACAUUGAGGAGGAAGAUCAGCUUCAACUUGAGGUUAAUGCUGCUAUUGCAGUGAUGAAACUACCAGAUGGUGGAGACAGUAACUCAGAGAGAGCUUUUGAGUCGGACAAUGAUUAUGACUAA